AUGAGUCGCGCAACACCACGGAAAGCCCGUGGCCAUAACCGCCAGUCCUCGAAUCUCAUCCCCGCCUCCGACUACGAAUCAGAUGCCGCCGCUGUCGCCGCUCAACAGACGUACGCGCCGCCGCCGCCGCGCACGAACACCGAGCUCAACGUCUCCGUCCUCCAGCGCUACGUGCCCUCCAUCUACAACAUCCUCAGCAUCGCCGCCAACGCCGUCGUCUACACCUUCGACAGCGCGACCGAGUCCUGGAACAAGUCGGGCGUCGAGGGUACGCUCUUUGUCUGUACACAGUCGCCGCUGCCCGGCGAUCCCAACAACACGCCUCGCGCGUGCGUCUUUGUGCUGAACCGCCGCGGCCUGGGCAACGUCAUUGUCGACCUCGCCCAGGUCAGCCACGUCGAGAUCGCGGGGGAGCUAGUCAUUUUGCGGGUAGAGGGCGCGUGGGAGGGAGGUGAGAGGGUGCUUGGUAUUUGGAUGCACAACGACCGUGAGGAGACGCGGCAGGUCAACGCCGCCAUGAUUCAGGAGUGCUGGGGUGUAGUGCGAUCGGCAGGUGCCGUGGACGAUCAGCGACAAGAGGCUGGACCGGCGAUGCAGGCUAUCGGAAGGCCUCUGACGAUGAAUGAGCUUUUUGGAAGUCAGGUGCCGAAUCAGGCACAUUAA